AUGCAAGAUAACCUGAAUGUGGAGUACUGCUAUAACUCGGACAAUGUCACCUGUAUCAAAGAAGUUCGUCCACUGUACCUCGCUGUGACACUUUACGCUCUUGCCGCAAUAGCGGUGCUUCUUACAUUUUGUGGUAAUCUGACGGUGAUUAUUUCAAUCUCUCAUUUUAAGCAACUCCACACACCAACGAAUUUGCUUGUAUUGUCACUAGCAGCAGCUGACUUUUUAGUGGGAGUCAUUAUAAUGCCAUUCAUGGUUAUUCAGUCCAUUGAAACGUGCUGGUAUUUCGGAGAUGUGUUUUGUUUUAUAUAUACAAUGUUUCUCAUAUUUCUAACUACUGUUUCUAUGAUAAAUUUGGUAAUAAUUGCAAUUGACCGUUAUAUUGCAGUAAGUGAUCCGUUGCUAUAUUCUACCAGAGUGACUGUUCGAGUUGCUUCUUUGUGUGUUGCGGGGAUCUGGACAGCAUCCCUGUGUUAUGGAUUUGCUGUUAUGUUUUCAAAUGGAAAUAUGGAAGGCGUUAUUGGAGUAGAUCCUUGUCCGGGAGAUUGUCUGUUAGCCUUUAAUUCGGCCUGGGGGACGGUUGAUCUUGUGUGUUCAUUUCUUUUGCCGGUUUUUAUUAUGGCAACUCUAUACUCAAAAAUUAUUAUCAUUGCUAAGAGACACGCAAGAGCAAUUUCAACCCAGCAGAAAUCUCACACGGAAGGAGCGAACAAGAAGAUAUCAAAGAAGUCAGAAAGAAAAGCUGCAAAAACUUUGGGAAUAGUUGUGGCUGUAUUUAUUCUUUGCUGGUUACCGUUCUAUAUAUGCACGGUCCUUAAUCAGUUCAUUAAUUUUUCGGUUCCUUCAGUUGUAUCUUGUGCUUUCUUGUGGUUAGCUUACCUGAACUCAUGCAUUAACCCGAUUAUUUAUGCCUUGUUUUAUCCGUGGUUUCAGAAGUCACUAAAAAUGCUGGUGACAUUUAAAAUAUGCAGUCCAGGAUCUUCUGUGAUACAUCUGAUCCCUGAACAUUAA